AUGUCCCACAAGCAAGGAACCUCGAGUGGUGCUCCCAUCACCGUCUUAACUCAAGACCUCGUCCACAAACUCCCCGCCCACAGCCCCCUCCUCUUCGCGCAAAAGAAAGCCAAAAACCUCUCCUUCGAAACCAUCGCCGCCGAGCUCGGCCGCGAGGAAGUCGCCGUCGCCGCCAUCUUCUACGGCCAAGGCAACGCCUCCGACGAAGACAUCACCAAGCUCUCCCAAAUCCUCGACAUCCCCGAGGAGGUGCUGCGACAGACGGAGAUCACGGCGCUGCCGGAUCGCGGCCGGAGCAUGGAGAUGCCGCCGAAGGAGCCGUUGAUGUAUCGGCUGUAUGAGAUUGUGCAGAAUUAUGGGUAUGCGUAUAAGGCGGUGAUGAAUGAGAAGUUUGGGGAUGGGAUUAUGAGCGCGAUUAGUUUUUCGACGAAGGUCGAGAAGGAGACCGAUGACAAGGGCGAUUGGGUAAAGAUCACGCUGAGGGGCAAGUGGUUGCCAUAUACGCGCUUCUAA